GGUGGAUAUGAAAAACGAAAACCAUACAUUAGAUUUAUUAUUAGAAAUUACAAUGGAACAUCAAAGAAAGAAUAGUAUGGUUGUUUCUGCAGGUAUCUUGGUUUGUUUGGUGUUAUUAGUUAGCAGUGCCCAUGCACAGCUAAGAACUAACUUCUACAAGAACACUUGCCCUAACGUUGAAUCACUGGUUCGAUCCGCUGUCCAACAGAAAUUCCGGCAGACUUUCGUAACCGCCCCCGCAACUCUCCGCCUCUUCUUCCAUGAUUGCUUUGUUCGGGGCUGCGAUGCAUCGGUACUUCUGGCAUCGCCAAACGGGAAAGCAGAGAAAGACCACCCGGAUAACCUUUCACUGGCUGGAGAUGGUUUCGAUACCGUCAUCAAAGCUAAGGCUGCUGUCGACAGCAAUCCUCAAUGCAGAAACAAAGUUUCCUGUGCCGAUAUUUUGGCCUUAGCCACUAGAGAUGUCGUCUCUUUGGCUGGGGGAGCAUUUUACCCUGUGGAAUUGGGACGGCGUGAUGGAAGAAUUUCGACACUAAACAGUGUCCAACGCAAUCUACCAGGAGCAGGAUUUAAGCUGGAUCAACUCAAUUCCAUGUUUGGUCGUCACGGCCUCACCCAAACAGAUAUGAUUGCCCUAUCAGGGGCGCAUACGAUUGGGUUCUCGCACUGCAAGCAGGUGGCGAAGCGUAUUUACAGGUUCCAACCGCGAAGCUGGAUUGACCCCACCCUGAACUUGAGAUACGCCUUUCAGCUGAGGCAAAUGUGUCCUCUGAGGGUGGACCCCAGGAUCGCUAUCAACAUGGACCCCACAACGCCCAACACCUUCGACAAUGCCUACUUCAAGAACCUGCAGCAAGGUAAGGGCCUGUUUGUGUCGGACCAAGUGCUCUUCACCGACCCUCGUUCCAGGAACACCGUCAACUUUUUCGCCUCCAACAACGCCGCAUUCCAGCAAGCCUUCGCCGCCGCCAUGACCAAGCUUGGCCGCAUCGGAGUUUUGACCGGAAAUCUUGGUGAAAUCAGGCGUGAUUGCACCAGACCCAACUAAUUAACCUAUCUAGCUACA